CGGGGCUUGUGCGUGUUUUGUAUUUGCUGACCGCGUUCUAUCAACCACCUGUUCGAAUAUAAAAAUACGACUUAAAACAUUAUUAUUUUUGUGACAGGCGCCUGGAGGGCUCCCUUGGAAAUACAUGGCGGAGGAGGAGUACCCGGAGGCCGCGCUGCCGACCCGCCACCGGCCGGAGGCUCUCAGCGCCCUCGCGCGGUCCAGCCGCUUCACCACGCACGAGAUCAAGCUCAUGUACCGCGGGUUCAAACAGGAGUGUCCGUCGGGGGCGGUGGACGAGGAAGCCUUCAAGAACAUAUUCUGUCAGUUCUUCCCGCUCGGCGACGCCACGCAGUACGCGCACUACGUCUUCAACACGAUCAAGCACAAGCAGAGCGGGAGGGUCAACUUCGAGGAGUUCCUGGGCAUCCUGUCCCGAGUGGCGCGCGGCUCCGUGCAAGAGAAGCUGUCCUGGGUGUUCGCGCUCUAUGACGUCGACGGGGACGGCCGCAUCUCCCGCGCCGAGAUGCUGUCCGUGGUGCAAGCUAUAUACGAGCUGCUGGGACGAGCCGUGGCCCCCCCGGCGCACCCCACUGCCGCCAAGGACCACGUCGACAGAAUCUUCCAUUUGAUCGACACGAACGCAGACGGCGUAGUGACUCCGGACGAGCUGGCGCGCUGGUGCAGCCGGGACCCCGCGCUGCUGCGGUCCCUGGACACCCUGGACACCGUGUUGUGAUCCGCGCCCGCACCUCACAGUUGUUGUGAAGGUGAAGCGAUACCUUCCAGUUCAAAGGAAGCCGACGUGCCCGGCGCGACGCCCACCAGAGUCACCGCCGUCAUAACAGAAGAAGCAUCUCUGAAGAAAGUAAAACGUCGGAACCGACGCUCCAGCACGCGCCGGUGAACAAUUACUUUCAUUAAAAAUUCUUAACAAAAUGAAUGUGAUCUCACAAUAACGUAUAUAAUAAAUCUUUGAAAUUAUGACCAUGUGUCGUCUAAAGUACUUAAUUAUAUUAUAUUUAUUAAACACGAGCCUAGUUCGUUGCUCAGUAUUUAAUUGCUUCCAACGAGCUGAGUUGGGAACUCGCACGUGUAAGGCAGACCAAUUUUUCGAAUAGAUUUAAAAUUGGCACGUGACGAUGUCUUUGUCAAUAGCUGUUCAAGCUGUUGAAGCAAACAUUUAUUACUAAUUUCUGCACGAAACCUUUGAGCGCGUAAACCAUGUGUCAUCUAGAUAAAUUGACAAACAAACUUUAACAUGGAGUAUUGUUCUAUGCUUUAUAAUAAAGUGACAAAUAGUAUUGAAAUAAAUUUGAUCUUCCAUUAUUUAUUAUAAUUCUACAAGCACUGACUAUACAUUAACGUGCAAUUUUCGUUGUUUGACUCACGUUUCCUAUUUGCACUUGAUGGAAGCCUUCAAUAAAGUCUAACUUUAAAAAUUUAUAUUUAUUAGUCUAUAAAAUAGAUUUAAGGAUUCUAUUUUUCGAAUAGCUAUAACUUAGUGAUUCUAUUACACGAUUUUAAUAAUUUAAGGAACAACAUUACUGCUAAUUAACAUCCACAAAAAUAUCGAAGUGAUGACGCCACAAAAAAUGUAAUAAGCUGUAUAAUUGUUGAAUCAUUUAUGAUCAAAGAUUGGCCGGAGUUGCGGCUCUCACUGAAUCGCUUUGAAGCACAAAAUAUUAAAAAAAAACGUGUGGCACU